AUGUCGUACAGUUGGUCAGCAUUUUUAUUGAUAGCCUCUGGAUGGUUAGCAACUGUAACUUGGACUCAACAUGUACCCGACGUCUCACAGGUGGCUGCUUUAACAGAGAAUGCUCAGAAGUUUCUUGAACUUUAUGGACUGGCGACACAGCUGAUGAAUCUAGGCGGUAGUAUUAUCAACAAUGCUCAGGAUAGUAGCCGAACUGGAAGCAGCUUAUACGGUAAUUCAAAAUAUGGGAUGUCUUCCAACGGUAUAUUUGGAGAAGUUAUUAAGCCACAGCUAAAAGCUGUUAACAACUACGAAUUCCCAAAAUCUUCAUAUGCAUUCUCUGAAUACGGCGGCGGACCUCUAGGAAGUGGAUCUGGCAAUACUCAGUCUGCAAAGCAAUCCGGACUUGAAAUGCUUUUAAAUCAAUUUUUAGGAUCUUCAGUGUCGUCUUCCUCGUCAUCGCCAUCAUCGUCAUCACCAAUGAGUCUUGGUAACUUUUUCUCGUCUUCCUAUCAACCAGAACAUACUUCUACCGGUUCCAACAUUGACAGCAUUGUUAAUGCUUUGGUAAGAAGUGGAGCAAAACGGGUAACUCCUGAUGGUGAGGGUAAUCAGAAUUUGCUAACUCAAUUUUUCGGCUAA